AUGAAGAAAUGUGUCCAAAGAAUGAAAGGGAUUGAAAGCGCAGAAGUUGACGAGGAGAACCCUGAGCUGAUAACAGUAAAGGGAGUUUUUGAAGUGCAAAAGCUUGUGGCCCACUUACGAAGAGGAGUCGAUAAAAUUGUCACCAUUAUCAAAGAAGAAAACGCCGCCGGAGGAGGCAGCGGUGGCGGGGAAGAAGGAAUAGAAGCUGCCGCUGCUGGAGGAGGCAGCAAACAAAAAAUAGAAAUUACCGCUGCCGGAGGAGGCAAGGAACAAAAAGUAGAAAUUGCCGCUGCCGGAGGUGGCAGGGAAGAAAAAAUAGAAGUUGCCGCUGCCGGAGGAGGCAAGGAACAAAAAAUAGAAGCUGUAGUCACCGGACGAGCCGAUGAGAUCGAAGAAGUGGAAACAUAUUUUGAUGCUUUGUAA